AGGUUAAUACGAUUCAACAACGAUGGGCUUCAAAGAAAGCCGGAGGUUCAUCACAUAAUGGACGUGACUCGGCUGGUAAAAGGUUAGGAGUGAAGAAAACUGGUGGCGAAUACGUCAAAGCAGGAAAUAUUAUAGUUCGACAAAGGGGCACGAGAUUUCACCCUGGAAAAGACUUUACGGUACAAGCGUUAGAACCGGGUUAUGUACAAUUUUAUUCGGAUCCAAAAAAACCAAAGAAGAGAUUUGUUGGGAUUGUGUUUAAUCCAGAAGAUAAAUUACCAAGAGCGCCGACUGACCCAAGAUCACGUAGAUUUGGUUUAAUCAAUUUGGUAACUUAUCGUGAUGAAUUGAAGAAAUCUCGUAAACUCGCCAAGACUCUUCGUCAGAAUAUUUCUUAA